AUGUCUCCAGAACCAACAAGCAUUGCCGCCAUUUCACCCACUAGCAAUGUUUUCCCUCAUAACUUAUUCCCCAAGGAAUAUAACACAUCAAACUAUAAUAAAUCAAUGCAAACCGUUGAUACAAGAGCACAUGCUUUUUUAACAUCACUCAACAAUAUUCCAUCAUCUGCAUCAGAAGUACGAGAUAAUCAAGAUGUCCAUCGCAUACAACGACAACUUCAUAUUUUAAAUGGAUCUCAUACUAUGAAUACUACACAAUCCCACCCUCGUCAACUUUCUUCAUCAUCUAUAGAUGGCAAUCAUGAAAGAAUGACUGACCGUAGUUCACUUGAGACAAACCGAAAUGGCCCUUUAGAUUUAUUGGUUGCACCUGCUGUUGCUAUAAAUUUGAGAGAUCCGGAUUAUUCAAAUACAGGGAAACUUGAACAAAAACGAUUAGAGCACGAACGCCAACGAAACGAACAACGUAAAAGAUUUGAAGAGCAGAUGAAGAUCCUCGAGCUUAAGCAACUUAGAGAAGAGCAAGAUUUGCUCGAAAAGCAUCAAGCGGGUGGUUGUUCGUCUGUCCAAAGUGCUAGCGCUCCAAAUACUCCUCCUACUUUGGCUUCGACUGAUUUUCGUUCUCGAUCAGAUACUAUGCCGAAAAUUACCUCAUCAAUCGACACUACAAUUCCUCAUUCUAAUCAAUUUGACUCCGAAUCGUCUCAUAAUGUUCAACAGCGAUCGCAUAUGUCAUCUCGUUCUGUUCCAAAUUCUCGUCGUAAUUCAAAUGAAACCCCCGAAAAACCCUCAUGGCCAAAAGUUGAGAAAUUAUGUAUUGAUUCAAAAAACGAUAAUUCUGAGAAAGUAGAAAAAGAGUUUAUACGAGCUUCAAUUGGAAAAAGUAAUUCGAAUUUGCAUAAAAAUUCGGUUCGUUUACCUGAUGCUACGUCAGUUAACGCACCAAAUAAUGAUGCAUCACUUUUCCCACAAUUUAAUGGAAAUUUUUUGCUCGAUGAUGAUGGUGAAACUUCUGAGACAGGUUUGAACGAAAAUCCGUCAUUAGCAUCAUCAUCAUACGUUCGUAGGUACCUUCAAAUGCACACAGAUGAUGACAAGUUUCCGAUAUUAGUUCGUCGCGAUAGUUAUCCGGGCAUGUUGUCUGCAUCUUCUGCAGCACUUGAUCUUGCUUCAUUACGCCAAACAUCUUCCCGUCACCGAGGAUUGGAUUCCAUACUAAACGUAGAUUGGGCACACGCUUAUCAACAUCAAUCCGACGAGUUAUCUGAAAACUGUCCAACAUCACGUGCUCAAUUAGACAAGCUAGCUCCAUUAUUCUCAGAUAAUCAAGCCUCUAACAAAUCUACAGUGAAUUCAUCAACUUCCGCUACUAGUACUACUUCAAGUACUAGCUGUUCAAAUGGAUUUUCUUAUUCGAAUGAUAGAAAAAAAUUAGAUAAUUUGGUGACCGAAAGUUCAACAACUAAACAACGUAUCCCAAAGCUUUCGACAUCGUACUCAACCCCUGAUUUAGCUAGUGCUACUCGUUUGUUUGGUUGUCGCUCGACUACACUAAAUGGCCAAUUUGCUAGAGACUUAUUUAUAGAUUCUGAUAAUCAAAUGUCCCAAACUAUUCAAUUGCAAAAUAAUAGUGAUCUUACUGGUAACGGUGCUUGCCGUUUCUUCCAACAAGGCUUUUGCUCAUGGGGAGAUCGAUGUCAAUAUGCACAUACACAUACAUUUAAUGGUAUAAAUCCGGUAAACAUGGGUCUUACGGUUCAAAUGGGUGCUUUUCCAAGCGUUAUGCCACAAAUGAAUAAUUCUACUGCUUUCUAUGGACAAUAUGGCAUGGCUAGUAUGGGUGGAAUUAACAUGAUACCAGGCUCAAAUGGCUUUGGAUAUAAUCAGAAUUUUGCUCUAAACGCUGCACUCAAUAAUAAUACCAAUGGUAUGAGAUCCAUGAUGCACGUUAACAAUUUGAGUUUCUCUAAAAUGAAUCAAAAACGUUUGAGUAGUGAUCUUGAAGAUCUAGUGGGCGAGAUAUACUCUCUUUGUAAGGAUCAGCAUGGUUGUCGGUAUCUUCAAAAAAAACUUGAAGAAAAGAAUGAACAAUAUAUUAGUAUGAUUUUCAAUGAACUUCUUGAGUAUUGUAAUGAUGAUCAACGUACAAUAAUUAUUGAGACGGUGGCACCGGAAUUAGUAAAUAUUUCAUUAAACAUGCACGGUACGCGUGCUGUUCAAAAAAUGAUUGAAUUCCUGUCAACUCCAACACAGGACUUGAACGGAAAUCAUGUGAUUCAAAAAUGUUUACACCGCUUGAGCCAUGAGGAAAAUCAAUUCAUUUAUAAUGCCGUAAGCAAAAAUUGCAUCGAAGUUGCCACACAUCGCCACGGUUGUUGUGUACUUCAACGAUGUAUUGAUCGCGCAAGUGAAUCUCAAAAAAUCCAACUAGUCACUGAGAUUACGUUCAAUGCACUUACCUUAGUACAAGAUCCUUUUGGUAACUACGUUGUUCAAUAUGUCUUAGAUCUUGGUGAUAGUCGAUUUACGGAUGCUCUGAUUCGUAAAUUCAUCGGUAAUGUGUGCUUGUUGUCAGUGCAGAAGUUUAGCUCCAACGUUAUGGAAAAGUGUAUUAGAGUUGCAGAGCCGGAUACACGCAAAUGUUUGAUCGAUGAAAUGCUCAAUAAGAACCGACUCGAUAAAUUAUUACGCGAUUCUUACGCGAAUUAUGUUGUACAAACUUCUCUUGACUACGCCGAUCCGAUUCAACGCGCUCAAUUGGUAGAAUGCAUUCGACCCCUUUUGCCAGCUAUUCGCAACACGCCAUAUGGUAAACGAAUUCAGGGUAAACUUCACCGUGAGCAGAUGCAAGCCUUGAACACAAUUAAUAGUCUUAAUAUGAACAAUAUGAACAUGCUCAGAUUCCCAUUUAAUUUUGGAAAUAUGGGUAUGGUUGGUAUUGGAGAUUUUGCACACAAUUAUCAUUAUUUGUAA